CUUAAAUUUACGGAACAAAAACUGUUUCGUCAGGUCAAGAAAUUGUGUUUAUAAACCUUUAGAAGUGCAAGUUAGCAGUUUCGUGAUGCAGCAAAUGACAGACAUUAUAAAACUAUAACUUGCUGCUCCAAAUGUGUAGUAGGUUAUCUAAGUUAGCUAAUUAAAUUCAAGUUUGUUUAUUUUUUCACGUAUAAUCACGCAAGGUAAUAUCAUAGAAGACUGUCAUUUUUAGUGUGUUUUCAUAUUACAGUAGCUCACAACACUUUAGCCAAUUAUAAAUGCUCAGAUGAAGAAUAGUGUUGCCAGAUUGGUGUGUUUUGCAGUAACUGUUUGAAAUCCACACAAAAUUAUAUAGUAAGCACGCAAAUCUUACCAAUAAUAAACAAUACAAAUUAAUUAAUAGUUACAACAAUAUUCUGGCUCUUCACAAUUUUACAAUAUAUCACAACAAAGCAAAUUAAGUGUUCUUCUCUAAAGAAAGCUACAUUGUAGCUAUGUUGUAAACUAUUUUCCAUGUCUGUCAUUUGGCACAACAGAAAUAUCAAAAUUCCACCUGUCCAAGCCCAUUUUAUCCAGCUCAAAACCAAUCAAAAACUGUCCAAUCUGACAACACUGAUGAAGAAAAUACUAGUAAAAAUGUAAGGAUUUCAGUUCUGAUUUUUUUUUCUUUUGUCAGGUCCUUCAAAUUUGCCAGCGUCCAGCAUUCUCCUUUAUUUUAACCCCACUCUACACACAGACACACACAUACACACACACACAAAAACCAAAGGCACUUUUAAGAGCCACAUCCGUCUUGUCUUUCUGUAUCUCUCGCUCUCUCUCUCUCUGUUUACAUGUACUUGUAGUUGUCGUAUCCGUCCAUCUUUGUUGUGAGUCUUUCUUUCUGUUUGUGUUUCUCCCCAUCACCAUGAGUGAUUCAGAACUCCAAAAACAGUUUAUGGAGCUAGAUAAUCUGGUUGAUCAUCAUGAACUCAGCGAUGAGCUCCAAAGUCUUGAUGACUUUCUUGGUGAGCUGCAGGAAGAGGAGGAAGCAGUCCCAGUAAAGACACCUGAACCAAGGGUGCAUUGGAGAAAAAGAGACAUUGAUGGAAACAUUGUCUAUGCAAGACCAAGGUCAAGCAGGAAUCAGUCAAAUAAGGCUGAUCACAUUCAGAAAACUGAUCCUCCCAUCAAUGCUCCUGACACUAACUGUGAGGUGACCUUUGCUCCAGAGACUGUUGAGUGUUUUCUGCAAGAUCUCCAGCACUCACUGAGUGAUACCUCAGAUGAUGAGGCAUCACCUCGUGGAACCUCAAAAGAUCCUUUCCUAGCUUCCUCAAACUGGAGCACACGACAAAGUCUCUUUUCAGAGAGGUGGAGGGCAGAGAGACCCCGGCUGGUGAACACUGCUGCGGCACAAGAAAAUGUGGCAACACGCAUCUGCCAGCAGUGUGGGAGCAAUCCAGCUGCUGUCCGGUGUUGUGACUGUCGACCACGCCCCUUCUUCUGUGCUGAAUGUGAUGUCAGCAUGCACACCAGACAUGUUCUCCAUAACCGAGAUGCCAUGACGGCUGGAUUCUACCAGCCAUUGCCUCCAACGACUUUUGUUGUAGAUAAGGCUCUUUCCCAUUGUGUGCGGCUUGUACCUGUGGAGAUUCCUGACAAAAUAUGCGGUUGUUCACCAGAGUCAUUGAGGGUCAGCCCAGGGAAGACUGUUGCUGUAAUCACAAUAAAUGGACGAUAUGAUCUAAGCAUGCCUGAGUUGAGCUGUGAGGCAUGCCAAGCCACUUGGGCUGCUGGAGUGGUCGACCUAAAUCGAAGUGAUUACUGGCCUGCGACCCUUCACUUUUCCACAAUGUAUGCCACAGAUGUCUUUUUUUCAUUUGAAGAAAUGAAGAUGGCAGCACCAGGACUGUCCUGCCAAGCAUUUUUAAGAAUGCUGGAUCAGCGAACUGUCCGCUUUGGUCGUACUGGCAAGAUCUCCACGGACAGUUUCCAGAAAAGUUUUUUUGAGUGGGAGGCUGUGCGAUAUGAGGUGGACAAAAUCUGCAAGGAAGAGCACUUUAUCUGUCCUGCGUGCACCCCAGAUAUGCUGGCAGUUUCAGUAGAUGGAAACCGCAAGCAUUACCGUUUCAAGAAUGCAGCUAGAUCUGAGGAACAGGCCAUCUUUGAAGACAUCUUUAUCGCUAAGGAUGAAGAUGUGACAAGAUUUGUGGACUAUAUUCACAAGACAUCUAAACAUGUCAGUGGAAGAGGUGUUUGUGGAGGAGAGUGGUCAGCAGCCAGAGAGACCUCUCAAAGAUCUGCCAGCAAGGUAGAUGAGGAGGGACUGGAGCUUGCGGUGUGUCGGCACGGAGUGCUGCUCUGUGCUUUAAAUAUGUACAGGGGGGAAAUUUUUGCAUAUCCCCUGUACCUGCAAGAAAAGCUGGCCAGUAGGCAAAUCACUUUUUUUUGUAUGGAUGUGACCUGCAAAUAUUGGCCAUACCUCCAAAGAGUUGCAAAAAGCUGCCCAGAGCUCCAGCACCUUCUUAACAUGAAGCCCUUCCUUUCAGUAUUCCAUGCCAAAGCCCAUGAUUUUAAAUGUGAGGUAAAAUGGAGCGGGGCAUAUCAGGAUGGGGCAGGUUUAACACUAGGGGAGGAGGUGGAACAGUGUAAUGCUUUCCUCUCUAGGAUUGCAGUGACCACAAAACACAUGUCCAAAGCAGGACGCACAGACAUGCUGACUCUCAUGGUCAUGCGCUGGAAUCAGCAAAAGUUCAACAAUUUGGCCACUGCACUGACCCGUCGAUAUCAGAAGACCACAAAAGCUCUGCAAAGCCAGUUGCAAAACCUAGAGUCCAUGAAAGUUGAACUGGCAGUGACAGAGAGCCAAUUGGAAGACUGGGUCAAUGAUGUAAAGGAUUGGGCAGACGCAAUAACAACAACCACAAAUGAUGUUGAUGCCUUGGCCAACAGAAUUGAGGUGCUGGUGGCAAGUGUCAAGAGGCGUUCCCAGCGUCUCUAUAAAGAUACAGAUGGCAACAAAGGUCGUGCAAGGAUCCGCCGCAAGAUCAGGGAGGAGAAGGGCAUUCUGACAUCACUUGUAGAGACAUACAACAGAAUGGUUCCAAACACAGAAACUCUGUGCUUGGAAACCAUUUUGUCUGGUGAGACAGCUUGGCCAUGGCAGCUGCCACACAGUGACUCUGUCGAUCUAAGGACAAAAAGAAAGGCAUUCGACAUCAUCAUGUCAGUAAGGCGACUUCAGGAGGAGCAGAAGAUUCUUGUUGCAGAGAUGGACCACCAUUGGAAAUAUCUUUCAACUCGUGCUAAGACCCUCAGAGAACUGUCCUGCUUGUUUGCCAGUGAGACACUGCAAAGUUCGCUGUGUGGCCUAAGUGAAGAGGGUCUGAAAGGCCUGCAGAGCAUCAUCCACAAAAAGCAACGUAAAAUCAGAGAUAUGAGGGUGCAAGCAAGAGACUGUUAUCUGCAAGUUUUGUCUGGAGCAGAGAACACCAACUUCUUAAACAAACCAUCAGCUGAUGACUAUGACAGUGACUUUGAAAUUUCUGAUGACGAACUGUAAUGAACAAAAAAAAAAAAAAAAAAAAAACUGACCCUUUUUUUUUUUUUUUUAACUUGACAGUGACCUUGACCUUAACUCUGAAUCUCAAGAGUGUAAUAAAAUCUGCUUUUCAUCACCUUAUA